GUGUGUGUGUACAGAUUGUGUGCAUGCGUGCGUGUGUGUGUCUCCUUCCCAACAAACCAUCUGUCAGAAGUUUUGGAUUGAUACGCGUUUCAGUUGAGUCGCGCAAACUGAAAGAAGCAGGAUUGUUUUUGUUUUUUUAAAAGAAGGGCAAGUGUUCUCAAGACCCACUUUGAAGCUGCCAUCUGUGAAGGUAAACCAUCUUCUGUAGAGCUGUAGUGCUAGCCAGGAUGAUUCUGGAAACAUUAAAGGGCAUUGGGAAGCAGCUCCUGCGGGUGAAGGUCGUGGACUGUAACACAGAGGACUCCCGCCUCUCUCGAUGCCUCAACACGUUUGACCUGGUGGCCCUGGGCGUCGGCAGUACGCUAGGUGCUGGAGUCUACGUCCUCGCUGGCGCUGUAGCCCGGGACAGCUCUGGACCUGCCAUCGUCCUCUCCUUCCUCAUCGCUGCCCUCGCCUCCGUCCUCGCUGGUCUGUGCUACGCCGAGUUCGGAGCCCGUGUCCCCAAAACUGGCUCGGCUUACCUCUACAGCUAUGUGACGGUUGGAGAACUGUGGGCCUUCAUCACAGGCUGGAACCUCAUCCUCUCUUAUGUCAUCGGAACUUCCAGUGUGGCCAGAGCAUGGAGCGCAACCUUUGACGAGCUGAUUGGAAAGCACAUUGAGGAAUUCUGCAGACAUCACAUGACCAUGAAUGCCCCGGGCAUCCUGGCAGAGUAUCCAGACAUAUUUGCCGUCUUCAUCAUAAUCAUUCUGACAGGACUGCUUGCAUUUGGAGUGAAAGAGUCAGCCAUGGUAAAUAAAGUGUUCACCUGCAUCAAUGUCCUGGUGCUGGUGUUUAUGAUCAUCUCGGGCCUGGUCAAAGGAAGCCUAAAAAACUGGAACUUGAACCCUGAAGAAAUCCUCAAUGGCACAGGCAACUCUAGCCUUAAUAUUUCUGAAAUCUUACCAACAAAAGAAAGCCUUGGUGAAGGCGGCUUCAUGCCUUUUGGUUGGACUGGAGUCCUCUCUGGUGCCGCCACCUGUUUCUAUGCAUUCGUAGGGUUUGACUGCAUAGCCACUACAGGAGAAGAAGUGAGGAAUCCUCAGAGGGCCAUUCCCAUUGGGAUUGUUUCCUCGCUCCUUAUUUGUUUUGUGGCGUACUUCGGUGUGUCUGCGGCACUCACUAUGAUGAUGCCUUACUACUUGCUGGAUAAGAACAGCCCACUGCCAGCGGCCUUUAAGUAUGUGGGCUGGGAGGGAGCCACUUAUGCAGUGGCCAUUGGCUCUUUAUGUGCCUUGUCGACCAGUUUACUAGGCUCCAUGUUCCCAAUGCCCAGAGUGAUCUGGGCCAUGGCAGAAGAUGGCCUGCUCUUCAAAUGCUUGGCCAAAAUCAACCCACGAACCAAAACCCCUCUAACAGCUACAGUAACAUCAGGUGUUGUGGCAGCUGUGAUGGCUUUCCUGUUUGACUUGAAGGACCUGGUUGACCUUAUGUCCAUCGGCACUUUGCUGGCCUAUACUCUGGUGGCUGCCUGUGUGAUGGUCCUCAGGUACCAGCCUGAACAGCCCAGUGGCGCCUAUGAGAUGGCCAACACUCAGGAUGAACCUGAAUUGGCUGAGACUUAUAAUGAGGGGAGCAUUGACAUACUAGCACAACCAGAGGAUCGCUUCACCUUCAAGAAUCUACUUUCCCCUUCAAACACAGAGCCGUCCCAUCUGUCUGGGUUUGCCGUCAACAUUUGCACCAGCAUACUUGGUGUUCUGGUGUGUGUCUUCAGUGUUGUAGCUGUUCAUGGAGGGCUGGCAGCCUGGUCAGUGUCUGUUCUCUGUAUUAUCGUGGUGGUCUGUCUGUCUGUCACCUUCAUUGUGUGGAGACAGCCGCAGAGCAAGACCAAGCUUGCUUUCAAGGUUCCCCUGCUGCCCUUUGUCCCAGUCAUCAGUAUGUUCAUCAACGUCUAUCUGAUGAUGCAGCUUGACAGAGGAACCUGGAUGCGCUUUGCCAUCUGGAUGGUCUUAGGUUUCAUUAUCUACUUCGGCUAUGGUAUUCGCAACAGUGCAGAGGCGUCGCUGACCAGGUCCGACACCUACACGCCAGCCUGCUCAAUAAACGGAGAGCCCAUGGCUACAGAGAAGGAAGCCUUCCUUCAUGAAACACAAAAUGGUACCGAAGACGACAAUGAAGAUUAAGGUGGAAAACGGAGGUUCAGUAAUCCUUCAGCCUUUGUCUGUUCUGUUAAAGUCUCUGAAAUAGCUCCAAAUCCAGGUAUCCAGUAUACAAGCACCCCUCCAAAACACACCGUUGAGUUGUGUCUUUAUUCCUGCCAACAUUUCUGAUUGAAGUAAAAAGGCUAAUUAUAUAUAAAGGUGAAAGAAAAUAUAUCCGAAAUCCAAUAUUUUAUUUCAGAAACGUUUUAUUUUUUAGCUAAAAAGUAUAUUUUUGUAUGUGAAGCACAAGUAGAUUUAACUAAGUUUGAUUCAAGGAAACUGUUGUACAUAUAUCUAUUGCUAAACUUUAUUGCGGUUUCUUAAUCCACAGUAUAUCAGAAUAAUAAGCCCCAUUCUUUUAUUUCUUUUUUUUUGUUAAAGCAUAUUUGAGGUUGAUUUUUUGAGAGUUCGGCGUUUGUUCCUGUUCUUCUAGCUUGAAUUUGCUCAACAUUUGUAUAUGAUGGCUGUUGGCAGAAAAUAUGGCUUACGAAAGCAUUUUGAUGAAUACAAAUGAGGCAAGUGUGCAUGUGUUUGGCAGAUUUCUUACUAAAUGUGCACUCGUCAUGCUGCAUUAGAAAGCACGGCGCCGGCUAGUGUGUCCAAAUCCCAUGGGAGAUUAUGUUUUAAAUCCACAAUCCUUUUUCUUUUUCACACCUUUUAAUUAAUUAAGAAUCAGGAAAUAAUUCUUCUCAACUUCACUGUAACUUCAGUGUCUUUUUGUGUUGUACGUUUACCUCAAAGUUACAGCUUUGUACGAGUUUGUCCUGUGAAAAUUCACUGUAUAGAAAGCGCAACUCUGUAUCUGUGUUUUACAGUAACAGUAUAACUGAAUUAUCUGGUACAAUACUUUGUGAUUAGUAUAUCUCAAAAAGUAUUUGUCUUUUAGCUGAUGGAUGGUUUCCCCACAGCACACAUUUACCAAAGAUCAAAUACACCAGUGCUGUCUCCAUAAACUUUUAACUAGCCAAAGAAAAGAAGCUGCUAAUGUUAAAUGGUUUACAGAUACUUCAGAGGGCGUAUUUUAAGUGCCUGUUUUCACCUUUUAUAGAGGUAUGAUAUUUCUUUACAGCUAUUGUGAAAUAUAUAUAUCGUCUGUACAUAAUGUAGACUUUUGAAAAAGUGUAUAUUUAUAAGAGCAAUUUCAUAUUAAUGGAUCAUUUUCACUUUUUAGUUCACACACAUCUGAAUGGGAUGAAGCACAAUCAGUUUCCAUAGUGAUCAGAAACAUACUGCACCAACCCUCACGGUGUAACUCAAGCGGUAAUAUAUCAGAAAGCGUGUCAGCCAUUCAGACAUUAUUUUAAAAUGAUUGAAAGGAAAGCUGAGUGUGAGUGUGUGUAGAUUCCCACGGCAGCUAAAACCUGAAUGCGACGUAUCAAAGUGUUUACUAAAGACUGAAAAUGCAACAAGGAGAAAACUCUCUUUACUGAAUCCAUCUUUUAUUGUGCUUUUUAUGUUCUCUUGAGAGAAACUAUCGGAUGUUACCAGAAGCCAAAUUAUGUUAGAUUUAAUUGGAUUUUGCGUCAAAACAAUGUUGCAAUUCAUUGACAGAAUUGUUGUAGAUUUAGUUUAACGGUGACAUCGAAACAGCCUGCAAGUUUAGAAAGCUGCACGGCUUUGUAAAUAAACACGUUGUAUGUAACUGUGUUGCAUUUUAAGAUAUUGGAGCAGCAUUGUCGAAUAAGAUUAUGAUGCAGAAAUCUUUCUGCAACUGGCCUUUGUUUAAACUGGGAGAUGUGUUCAUCAGUGGGACUUUAUUGCACAUACAUUAAUAGCAUUACAUGCGUUAUUACCUGUUGCCAUUUUUCAACACUAAAUGUCUGGUUUUUUUGUAAAUACUGUUUUGGAUUUUGCCUAAAAGCUACUGCCCAUAUUACAACUAAGUAGUAGAAACUGUGCCAACAGUAUUGUAGCUGUUAACAAUAAAGAGUUGGAUUAUAUUUGUUUGAAAGCACAAAUGGUUUCAAUACUUGGGUGAAUAUAAUCUAUUGAGUUGGAUGUAAUACAUUAAGCUCUGGUUUCACUGACAGUGAUUUUAGCCUUUUCUUAUGGGUGCUGAAGUUACAUUAAAACUCAUGAGAGGUUUCAUCUAUGCUAAAGUAGUUACAUUUCUGUCCUUGGCACUAUCUCUUUUAUGUAAACAUUUGCAUGCUGCACUAUUUCAGAAAUGUUUCAAAUCUUUAAAAAUAAGAUGUAUAUGUGUAUAGCACUGCUAAGUUAUAAAGUGUUAAACAGUGUAUCAGAGUGGUGAAGGUCAGCUGUUCAGCAUGUGUUAUCUUGAUAUUGGUUGUGGUUUGUAUGGUUACUGCUGUAAAUAAAUAAUGCUGAAAGUGAAA